GGUGAACGCCCGGCGGUGGCGCAUGCGCAGUGUGGCGUCCCUGACCUUCAGCAGCCGGGGCCGGGCGGGCAGUUGGUGAAGGAGGCCGCGGAGAGAAGGAAGGAAGGAGGAAGCGGAGAGGCCCCGCCGUCUUUGGAGCCACGAUGUUCUCCCGAGGAGCCGCCCUGGCCGCCGUCGCCGCCGCUGCUUCCCAGCCGCAAUGGGUCCAAGUGAGAAAUAUGGCAACUUUGAAAGACAUUACCCGGCGCCUGAAGUCAAUCAAAAACAUCCAGAAAAUCACCAAGUCCAUGAAGAUGGUUUCUGCAGCAAAGUAUGCCAGAGCAGAAAGAGAGUUAAAGCCUGCCAGAGUUUAUGGCGUAGGAGCUUUGGCUCUGUAUGAGAAAGCAGAAAUCAAAGCACCUGAGGACAAAAAGAAGUACCUUAUUGUUGGAGUGUCAUCUGACCGUGGUCUGUGUGGUGCUAUCCAUUCAUCUAUUGCUAAAAAUAUCAAGAGUCAGAUUGCCAGCCUCACAGAGGCGGGUAAAGAAGUCAUGGUGGUUGGAGUGGGUGACAAGCUGAGAGCCCUGCUUCAUAGGACGCAUGGUAAGAACUUCCUGUUCAACUUUAAAGAAGUUGGAAGAAAGCCUCCCACAUUUGGAGAUGCGUCAGUGAUCGCCUUGGAGCUGUUGAAUUCUGGAUACGAGUUUGAUGAAGGCUCUGUCAUCUACAAUCGAUUCAGGUCUGUCAUUUCAUACAAGACAGAUGAGAAACCAAUCUAUUCCCUUGAGACUGUUUCAGGUGCAGAAAGCAUUAGUAUCUAUGAUGACAUUGAUGCAGAUGUCUUGCGAAACUAUCAGGAAUUUACAUUGGCGAACAUAAUCUUCUACUCACUGAAGGAGUCUACCACGAGCGAACAGAGUGCUAGGAUGACUGCCAUGGACAAUGCAAGCAAAAAUGCCUCUGAGAUGAUUGACAAGCUGACUCUGACGUUCAACCGCACCCGCCAAGCAGUUAUCACCAAGGAACUUAUUGAGAUCAUUUCUGGUGCUGCGGCUCUGCACUAAGGACUAUUCAAAAAGCGAGUUUCAGCCAAAGUCAACAGGUAAAGAGCAGGUGAUGUAUCCCACUUCCAUUCUAGAGAGGAGACGUCUGUUGGUCCAUAAUUCUGUGGGAAAUAUUGAGUCAAAGAACCCCAGCUGUUUAUAAUCUGUAUUUCAAUAAAGUCCUACAUGAAAGA